CUCGGCUCUGGUAGCACCGCGGUCAGAAAGCUGGGACAGAAUGCCCUGAUCCAGCCUGGGCAGCCGGAUGCUCCGUUGUGGUGGAUCUUGAAAAAAAAAAGGCAUUGUAACGGGGACGAAGAGACUAACAUUUUGCCGUUACACAGGGACGAGCAGUCCGCCAUCAGUCUUGGGCAACGACUUCCCGGCUGCGCACACUUGCGUCUCCAGAUGCUGGCGAGUUCCCGCCUUGGAGCACGCUAGACGGGAAGCUGUCUAGCAAAGGGAUCGCGACGGAUACUAUGCCCACGGAUACCAGCACCAUCACAACCAGAAAUCCACCCGCGGCUGGUAACUCGGCGGAGUCCUCGGAUCAUGGCGGCUCUGCCAUCGGGAGUCACCGGACAUUGGUGAUCACCUUGAGCACCGUCCUCUCUGUGCUUGGGUUGGCCCUGGCCGUGGGAACGGUCUUGGUCUGCCUCAGGAAGCGUCGACGCCGGCUGCCGUUCCUUCCUCGAGGCGUCUCGCCCGUCGACGACGACGAGAUCGAGAGAUGGAAGUCGCCCAGGGAUGACGAGAAGGCGAGGUUCCGGGCCGGAGACACCGACGUCGAAGCCGACGCAGCUUUUCACGAGGAGACGGGUGCUUCGUCGCACGCCAAGCACCCGUCGACGAGCUCGGUCAAGAAGCCGCCGAGUGUGAUCAUCUACAACAGACCGUACGAUCCUCAGCCGCCCCGCCACUCCACCGACGCCGAGUCCCGCCGCUCCUUCGCACAGAACCACCCGGCCUACGGCGGCAAGACGAGCUUCGACAAGGCCCUCCCGCAGACCCCCGUCCUGGCCCGGGCGCCCAAUUCGCGCGCGGGCCUGACGGACGCGACCGUCCCCGGCGACGAGCCGUUCAUCACCAGCCCGAAACGCACCCCUUCCCGGCGCCUGUCCAAGCCGCCGCCACCAAACUCGGCCACGGGCCGGAGGUCCCACCACGCGAGAGCACGGAGCUCGCGGAGCAGCACGCGCAGCUUUGGCGAGUACUGCUCGAGCUCCGGCGGCAUCGGCGGCGGCGGUGACCGCGGGUCGAGAGCCGCCUCCGACAUGGAGCUCUCGCCCCGGUACUCCCAUGACCACCAACAACAACACGUGGUACGUCACGGCAGCCAGCACCAGCACUCGAGGAGCCAUGCCACGACGCCCCGGGGCAGUCACUCGAGGGUAUACUCGUCGUCGUCCAUACCCCCGAGGCUGUCGUUUGGAGACGAGGCCUUGUUUGGUGGAGUAUCUUCUCCUGCACGACCCAAGUUCCCUGACGAAGGGGGGGUUGGCAGGGCCAUUGGCUAGGGCGGCGGACAACACGCCUCCGGGGGUUAUUUUUUUCCCCUUCUUCUUGUUCUUCUUCCUCCUUUUUUUUUUUCUUAGGUGAAAUAAGGAGUGCCUCUUUCCAUUUAGGGUCACCCUUCUUCAGAUCACAAGGCAGAGAGAGGGCUGGCAUUUCUCCUCCCCUGCAGCAACUCUUUUUUUUUGGAUUUUU